UAGCACACGAACAAUUCUCAUAACCGCUUAAGUAUGUGAGAAGGGGGUUUAUUUUGAAAGUUAGACCGGAAGUAACUUGUAUCUGACUGAAUUGACUCCACCGCUAACAAUUCUUUUAUUUCAGGAAAUUAAUUCAAAUCGUUGAGAAUUUAAACGUUGUGACCGAGACAGUUGCGGACUGUCGAGCGGCCACAGGGGGUUUAGAGUGAACAGUAAGCGACGCGCGCUCGCUGCUUGUUAUUGAACGAUGCAGGCAUUGCACAGCGCGUUUCAUUCAUUUGGCUAACGCUAACGCUAGCUCUGCGGCUUCUACUCGCUCACGGUAAUUUAAUGGUCGCUGCUGCAUUUGGCAGUCCACAGCGCUCGUCUCUGUGAAUGUCUGCUGAAGUGAGACAUAACAUAAUAUAGCGUAUUAGCCAUUGAGCCCGUGUACCGUCAGCUUGCGUCAGUCUACCAGGUGAAUUAACGCUCGGUUAGUGAGGGGAGGUUCAUUUCAACCAGACACUAUGGACUACGAGCACAAGGCAAAAGAAGUGGGCGACUGCAUGCUGGGCUACAAGAGGGACGAGUCCGGCUGGAAAGUCUGCAAGAAAUCGAAUGACGUGGUCGUGUCUUGGCGUCCCUCGUCGGAGUUCCCUGGGAAUGUUUAUAAGGGGGAGGGGAUUGUCAGUGGCUGCCCAGAGAAAGUGUGGGAGUGUCUGAAACCAGUACCCAACGGGCUCCGAGUCAAGUGGGACAAUAAUGUCAAAAAGUUUGAGCUUUUGGAACAAAUCAAAGAGGACAUCUCCAUCUGCCGAACAGUCACGCCCUCAGCAGCUAUGGGUAUCAUAGCUCCACGAGACUUUGUCGACGUCAUUUUAGUUAAGCAAUACGAAGAUGGCACCAUUUCAUCAAAUGCCACCAAUGUGAGUCACCCGGGCUGUCCGCCCCAGUCUGGCUACGUGAGAGGAUUCAACCAUCCCUGUGGUUGCAUCUGUGUCCCAAUCUCAGGGGAGCCCAACAAAACCCAGGUGUUCAGCUUCUUCCAGACCGACCUGGGUGGCUACCUCCCUCGCUCCGUGGUGGACUCGUUCUUCCCCUCCAGCAUGAUUGAGUUCUACAGCAACCUGGCCAAGGCUGUGAAAUCCCACAAGGACCUUUGACACGAAGAGUUGAGACAUUUUCCUUCAAACCUGAGCCCGACGACUAGGUCAGGUUUGUUGUAUUUUAAACAGUCCAAACUCGACAGCGAUCGGCACAUUGAAAUCAUCGAUCGCUGACUUCAAAUAGAUCCUAUCCAUGAUUUGUGUUCGUACAUUCCUAUCGUCCUGUGUUGAUGCACGAGGAAUCCAGUGAAUCUUCAACAGUCAACCCUCUUAUUUGAAAGCAGUUCAUGCACUUCGAAGUCCCACAAUCAGAAUGAGGGCUUGCCUUUGACUAAACCUGCAUCUCAAACUCCAGUCUCUCUUUUCAUCUCCUGCAGUGGAAUUAAUUAAUUUCCUUCAAUCUAAAGACUGAAGAUGGAAGUAAUUAUCUCUAUUUGUACAUGCUCUUAAAUAACAGUGCUUUUUUCCAUGCCGAUGAGACACGAGACAUGUCUUCUUCUUCUAAACUCAUACGUCAAUGUGUACAGUAAACAUGCAUGUUGCAUGGAUCCUAUUUAUCCUAUGCCGGUAUCAGGUUGUUGGUUUGGAGUACUGGCUCAUACCUCAUAUUUUGUUGUUUGUGUUGUACUUGAACUGCCAUUUGUUUUCCAACUCACCUGUAAACCCUGAUGAUCUGCCUCUUUCAUCCUUUACACUGAAGCACAGGUGGGUAAAUAUGGCAUGUUUUACGCUUCUCUUUUGAGCAGAAAAAUUAAUCUGAUUUUUUUCAUGCCAGUAGUUUCCAAGUAAUGGAUGGUACCUGUACUUGUAGAGUGCUUUUCUAGUCUUCUGACCACUCAAAGCGCUUUAACACUACAAGACAUCAUUCACCCAUUCAUACACCGAUGGGAGGGGCGAAGGUGACACCUGCACAUCAGCAGUAACUAACAUUCACACACUUGUAGAACAGCUGUGGAAGACACUUGAACCCAAAUGGACUAGUGGAGCCGGGGAUUAAACCACCGAGCCUCUGAAAGAUGACCCUUCUCAUCACCGAGCCAUAGUACAUUUCCCUUUUUGAAUUUUUCUUCAAAUACAGUUCCUGAAACAACUCUUGCAGAUUCAAGAUUAUAACUACAGCAGUUGCCUGGAGAGGGUUAGCUGGCUUCUCAAAACUUAACAACGACUUUUCUGACUAACUGGGCUCACAAAGGUGGUCACCAUGCUCUUGGGUAAAAUGGCAAAAAAACUAGACUUGUUAUUAUAUUUCUAAGUAUGUUUGUGGGCAGUUUCGCAUUUUGUGAGUGAAGAGAGGUUAACUCCUUGGCGAAGGAGUGCUUUGUUGCUCUUGUCAUUUUUGGACUAAAGGUGCGUUCACACCAAAAGCGAAACUUUUUUCGCGCGACCGAAUCCCAUGAAAAGUCAACGUACAGACUGUGGCUGCGAUAGACGCAAUAUUUUCCCAGGCGGCGCGUUUGGGGCGACGCGAUGUGGCCGACCCGUUUACAGCGGCACGUUUACAGCGGCACAAUUUUCGCCCUGAGUUGAAAUAUUUCAACUUUGAGGCGGUCAUCUCGCAACUCGGGCCAAUCAGCUCUUGAGUUCUCUCUCGUAGCGCUGGAAGCAGAAGUCUUUCAGACGUAACAGUAACUUCAUCGGUGAAAGUGAUCGAGCUGAGUGAGCCUACGGGUGAUGUCAUGAACCCAAACACGAGGGCGUUAGUGUGUGGGAUGUCCACAACAAAUAUAAAGCAGAACUAGUUGUUAGCAGUGGCGGCUGGUGAAUUUUUUUUUUGGGGGGGGCGCAGUUGGGCGACGCGGUUUAAAUAGCACUCAACAAUGAGAAGAAAAGAGAUUUUGAGUAGAAUAUUGUAAAAAAACAAAGCUUUAUUUCAAGAACACACCGUGCUCAACACUGUCCAAUAACAACUAUCAACACACUGUGACUUUGGGCAUGAGAGGUUCAGAGCAGCUUUAAGGAACAUUGGGUUGGGUUUCAGAGGUUUUCAAAAUAAAAGAGUUUCACCCUCACAUGAAAGAGGUUCAGAGCAGAAUAGAGUCAGAAAGAGAUCACAUGUUACAUUGGGUGUCUGACAGAGUGGACCCCACUACGUGUAAAGAAAAGUAGCCUCCUCUCUUUAAAGUUGGCAAACUUCUCCAUAACUCUCUGGUUAAAGUCAAUCAUGUCUGUAACCAGCCUGUUUCCAUUAUUCUGGAGGGAAUGUGUCUGUUUUUCAGAACUUCUUCGUUGUGUUUUCGAUGCCAGUUCGGUCUCCUUCUGCUGCUCUGCUCUGCAAACAGGGUUAGCUUCAUGCUGUUAGCUAGUUAGCUUCAUGCUCUUAGCAAGAUAACCGGCAAGAUUCGUGCUUUACACUUGUCUGAAGCUCUUUAGAUCCCUCACCCCGUUGUAGUCCAGAGAGUUUCAGUCCCAGGACUUUGGAACAACAGACAGGGGAAAUUAAACAGUGCAUUACUCACUGAGCUCCAGCUGACCAGCUCCGUUAGCAACCUGCUCCCGUAGCUCCGUGGAGCUCUCUGGGCUGAGGGAACGAUACCGGUCUCUGAUCUGCCGAAUAGUCCAAUCACGUGAAAUGAUAAAACGAUGUCAUUGGCCAGAGCGCACAUUUUUGCGCCCCAAGAUUCACGUUUCAUCCGCCAAUGAGAAGCCGUCCUUGCCGAAACGACUGUGAAAUGUUUGCUCGCUCCCGCACACACACGUUUGGCCGGUGCCCUGAAAAUGGGGAGGGGCUUCUCUCCGUGAUAAUGAGUGGCGAUAUAUUCUAUUUUUUCACAUUAACUUAAGUGGUUGUUGACAGGCUGACGGUCUCCCACACACAUUUAGCGCGUCAACACGGUAUAUUUACUAUUUAAAUGAGUUGGCAUAUAAUGUUUUUUGACAGGAUGUAUUUUUUGUUUCUUCUUCUUCUUUUUUUUCAUCUCAAAAUUUUAAGAGGGGCGGCGCCCUAGCGCCCUCUAUGGACGCACCGCCACUGGUUGUUAGUUAUUCUGGUGGAUGAAGGAGAUGAUAGCGGUCUUUACGGAGAUGAGACACAGAGAUAAGCCCCGCCCCUCGCGGAGCGUCUCGACGCUCAUCGCUUGAACACGGCGAAUGGUCGAACGAGUAAACUCACGCGUUUUGGGCGACGCGAAAAAUAGUUUCGCUUUUGGUGUGAACGCACCUUUAGUCCCCAGAAAGAGUCCAGCUUUUGUGUCAAAUUCGACAUGGUGGUCAACGAUGGAAUUACAACUCCCGGAUUCCAUCAUGUGACGCCAUGAGGCCCAAAAAGACUUUUGCUCAAAGACUUAAUCAUUUGAUAAUUUUCCUUAAGGUCACUCAAUCACUUGAAUGGCCCAUAUUUAAAUAAUUAUGUUGUGAAUUGAACUAACAGCUGAAUCCAGAAUUAUUUCCUUUGCUCCAUUCAUAUAAAUGAGUCUGAGAGUUAGGAGGCGGGGCUAAUGGAAACUAGUUCUAUGGGCCCAGUGAUUGAGAAUAUUUCAGGAAGAUUUUGGUAAUCCCAGUACUGUUAUAGACACCCUUUGAUGUGUAAUGUGAGCUAAACUAUAGAGCAUUUGUGAACUUCAUGAGGUUUCUCAACUCUGACGCCAGUGGUGGAAAGUAGAAUUAUACUGACACGUAUCAUAAAGUACAAAUGAAUGGUACUUCAGUGUUUUUACAUGUAGAUUAUCAAAAUCCAGGACCAGUACGAUAUUUAUCAGUCCAGUUUCUCUCAAGGCCAACUCACUGUCUGCACAUUGUAGUUCAUGAUAGUUGUGUAUGGGGGGGAACAUAAUUGGGAAAAGUACUUGUGGAACUUGAAGUGGAAUUGUAUAUAAUGACGGUACUUCUACUACGACACAUGUACUACCUGACAUGAGCCCAUCCACACUGACCAUUAGCUUUAUUUAAUCAUGCUGUCUUGUCAUUUAACGUGGGGACUCAUUUUAGGGUUAGACACAGGAGGUGAACUACUGCACACACAAGUCAAAGCUUACAGCUCAAAUCAUGUCUGUAUUUAACAUCUAAACAAUAUAAAAGUUGCUAUUGCAUUUAUACGCAUUUCAUAUUAUGUACAACAUAUUCACAUGUACGUUUUUUCACAACUGCCAGUAAGUUCUUCAGGUACUCAGAAGAAAUGACCACACAUGUACUGUACUCGUUUGAAUCCUCACUUUAGUUGGGGAAAUGGUGGUUUAAAAAGAAACCGUGUAAGCCUUCCCUUGAUCCCCACUUUAUUUAAGGUUCCUUAAUUUAUGGAUCCCUCAGAUCCCUUUAAAUGAAAAUAUGUGUAUCUGAGUCAGGGAAGACCGGAUGGAGGAUUUGGUAUGUGUUGUCAACUUGGUGCACCAGAGCCUUCAUGUGUACGAUAAGCCAUAUAGUGUGACAUGUCUUUCUUUUGGAGUAUCAAGCUUCCUUUGAACAAGAUUCGGCACGUCACCUGUAACAUCUUUUUACCUCCCAGUUUAGACGGUAAUAUUAAUGAAAUACCUCCUAAUUGAAUUCCACCAUUUCCAGGUCAUGUGAGAGCUCAUUGUUUUAUAGACAUUUUCAUGUUUGUUUAUGAAAUAGCCGACAAAUACAAAGAGACUGGGAACCAGAGAAGCACAGUUCCCUGGCAUUUUAAGUAGAUAUUCUUCUGGACUGUCUCUACCAUGUGUUAACGUGUGAUCAUCUGGGCUAACUUCUUCAGGAGCCGCCAUUGUUGUUUAGAACAAUCAGUCGACAUGCUCACCUAAGCCACGCCCUUAGCUGCCUGUAGCUUCACUCAGGACUCUGAUUGGUCUAAACCAAUGAUUGCGUUCCAUGAAGCCUGACAACACUGUCUGUCUCAUGAUCACGAGUAGCGCAUCACUGAUGGGGAGGAGUAGGUAACGCUCAUUCAACGCGUUAGGUUGGUUUUGCUGGACAGUGAUGGAAUCUCUGUGGCUCUGGGGAUGCACAUUAAUACCAGGUUUAAAUGUAGUCUGGAUACGAGAGCCUUUUGGAAGUGGAUUUAGAAACUUUACAGUUGAUUUUCAUUUGUAAUGCAAUAACUUUUUUAAAUGUUUCCCUUUAUCCUGAUAUAUAAACGUGUCAAUAGUUGAUGUAAAUGGAGCCGUAGGAACCGACACUAACAAGUUGUGACAUCAUCGGGGGCGGUUGUAGCUCAGUGGGGUAAGGGGGUCGUCCUGCAACCCCAAGGUCGUCGGUUCAAUCCCCCGCUUUCCCCAUUAGUUGCACGUUGAAGUGUCCAUGAGCAAGGCACUGAACCCCCAGUUGCUCCCCGGGCGCUUCACUGCAGCCCACUGCUCCUUAAUAACUAAGGAAGGCUUAAAUGCAGAGAAUACAUUCCGUUGCCUCUGUACCUGUACUCUGUGCAAUGACAAUAAAUUGAAUCCAAUCCAAUCUCACCACCAAUGAGACCAAAUACCCAGCAUACAGUUACUCUUCCGUGGUUGACAUUCAGAUACCAGUUCAAAGUGGCCUAAGUUUCCAAAGUUGUGGUCCAACAGUCACUUCUGUCCCCUGUUUGCACAACAUCCGGGGCAAUUUAAGCACUGACCUAACAAAAGUGUGUGUAAAAUUACACAUCAGAUGUGUCCAGAGUACUCCUCUUACUGAAAGCAACUGCUGUUCCCCUUUACAUUUGCACAUGAGUGUUUAUCUUGUACUGUUUUGCCCCUUGUUCGUUUUGUAUUUCACCAGCAUUAAAAUAAUGAAGAACA